AUGAGCAACAGUAAUGGAUUUGCAUUAAAUCUAAAAGAACGUUUGGUGAAAAAGAAAGAGGAAAAGAUGCCUUCCAAGCAAAUCUCUCUUGUGGAUCAAUUGACACUUUCAGGUAUCACAAAGCUCUUUUAUGUAUGCAAUGAUAUUAUCCUACAAGACUUCUACUACAAACUGUCUGAAUCUAAAGAUGCAUUGGAUAUACAGACUUAUCAAACAAGUACCUAUGUGUUUGCAGCCAUUCGUCACCGAGAUAAAAUUGUGCUUUGGCAACGCAAGCGAGAUCACCCAUUACGUCCUUUUUAUCGUCUCAAGGUGUUUUGGAUUCCAACUGAAGCAAAGAGCAUUGCAUUCGCAGAUGAUCGCAGUACACUUCGUCAUAUUCUAGCUGUCUUUUCAAGUGAAGCCACAGCCAUUGAAUUAAGAGACAGCAAAGUACAAUCUGUGCCUAUUGAUCCUACAUUAGAACGCAUCUAUCAAACAACAUGGAUUCGAGAUCAAUACGAGCAUCAACUUGGAUCACCCAAAUCACCCAUCAAUUCACCUAUACCCCAAUCGCUGAACAACAAUAAUGAACCUUAUCCCACACUGCCGGCCAGUCUUUCAGUUCCUCCUAUCCAAUGGACAUCACUCAUCCAGCUUCCAUUUUACCCUGAUUCUCUUCCAGCUACCAUGCUUACUACUGACUAUUCUAUUCCUCCUUCUUAUGCUACUGUAAUCACAUCGCUUAGUAGUGCUGCUCCACCUGAUCCUGUUGCACUACCCUCCACUGAUUUGCCUCAACUCUUCUUUGCCACUUUGUCAAAGCAGAGUUAUAUCAUUGAUCUUUCAGGUGCCUUAUUUUCAACCCAAGUCUAUCGAUGGACUGAAGCACCUGUCCAUAUUGAGUUUAUUCAGAUUGAUCCAAACACAAAUGAUUGGUAUGUGGUUGGAUUUGGAACAGAAACAGUUGAAGUGUUACAGAUUAAGACAGGCCAAUCGAUCCAAAGUGUAAUGCGUGGUGUACCUGUCAAAUUUCUGGGCCGUUGGGAUGUGCCUGUUCCAAGAGAAGACAAUAAGCGAAAACCCAAGCAUGUAUUUCAUGCUUUGUUCUGGAGCAGUUGUGCAUCGAGUGAAAGAGUGCAUGUAUACAUGUUAAAAUCCACUAAAAGUUAUAGAUAA